AAUGCUCUUUGAUUUAAUGCAAUUUCCCAACAGGAAUCCAGAAAAUAUCCAGCUGUUGAAAGUACAUUUACUCAAGUACUGCACAACUUUGAGUUACGUGUACUAUUUUAUACUCCUACCCCAGUACAUCUCAGAGGGAUAUAGGUCUAUUGAUCUGACAGCUAAAGUUUAUAUUUGCUUUAGGUACGUGGAGGGAUUUUACAUACAAAACAUAUGAUCGACUUAUAGAAAAUAUGCGUAAAAGUAAAAUUAGCCCGUCCUCGACCAGCUGUCCUAUGUCCUGCUGAAGUGUCCUCGAGCAGGACGCUGAGCCGAUCCCCUGACUUCUCACUCCAUAUUUAAGCCGCUUACAAAAUGUUGUACUGAUACACUUAGCGGGAGGAGAAGUGAAAAGCCUCGACAGCACCAUGGCCAGCGCCUGCUCGUGCGGCAGCGGGCCUCUUUUCCUCCGAGGCGGUGGAGCUCUGUCACAUUUCAUGCACUCAACGUUGUGCAACGCGAGGCAUAAACUCGAGGCUAGAGAGGACAUUUAAAACACGACCGUCCAACCGGAUCGUGGCCAAGGGGCUCCCCGUUAAUGAGAUAUGCGAUACACCUGCGUUCGCUGCCCUGACGUCAGCACUAUUGGGGCUCGUGACUCAGAGAAAAGUCACCGGUGUGCCAAAAGCAACCCCCUCUUUUAUCUCAAAAGUAAUGUUUCAUUACUCGCCGUCUUGGUUUACAGCCUUUUUGUUAUGUCAGGCGCAUCAUAGAACCAAAGUCUCGAGUUUUAAACGCUAUAGGCUACAGAUAGGGUCGGAAAUGAACGGAGGGAACAGGAAAUCUAUUGAUAAUUCGACUAAGUCUGACAGAAGGCAAUUACAAAUCGUUUACGCUGCUUACUACACGCCCGCUCAUGAAACAAAACGGAGUAAUCAUCGCUGUAACGCGUUAGAGUAAUCUCCGUUACCAGCCCUGCCUCUUCUAUCUCUCCGCUUUGUCUACGCAUCCAUGUGGGUUUUUCCCUUCGCAGUGUUGGUGUCGCGCCUCUCCGGUCUGUCGUCCUCUCAACCAUUGGUCUCGGAGACCAUCAGUCUUCCCUUCACAACAAUAGAGCUGCGCGCGCGCGUACAUGCACUCACGCGCCGGCACUAAACGCGCACAGUGCUUUCAAGGAGCGACGGUGAAAUGUUGGUAAAACUGCGGUUUACCGACUCCUUUCUUUUCUGCUUCACCUCAGCUAAGAGUGCUGGGAAGCCUCUGCGAUGCGUUCAAGCGCGCACGCAACGGAGUUGAAAUAAGGGAAGCACGAGGAGCUGGGGGAAAAAAACGGAGGGGGGAGAUUUUCUCACGAGGAUGACUGACUGGUGACAAAGGAAACGGGGAGCCUCUCUGGCUUCGGUUGUCACCCGCUAGAACUUGAAGGAAGGCGUUUGGGGGGACCGGCUUGCUCUCAAAGAUUUUUUUUUUUAAUCACAAUUAUUUUUGGAAGGGAACCAUGCCUGUCCGGAGGGGUCAUGUUGCGCCUCAAAACACAUUUUUGGGAGUAAUUAUUCGGAAAUUCGAAGGACAAAAUAAGAAAUUCAUCAUAGCCAAUGCCCGGGCACAGAACUGCGCUAUUAUCUACUGUAAUGACGGCUUCUGUGAGAUGACCGGCUUCUCCAGGCCGGAUGUCAUGCAGAAGCCGUGCACGUGUGACUUCCUCCACGGCCAGUUUACCAGCCGGCACUCGGUGGCCCAGGUGGCCCAGGCGCUGCUGGGCUCAGAGGAGCGCAAGGUGGAAAUCACCUACCACCGCAAGGAUGGUUCAAACUUCCUGUGCGCCACCCAUAUCAUCCCUGUGAAGAACGAGGAGGGAGUCGUCAUGAUGUUCAUCCUUAACUUCGAUUACAUCCUAAACGAAGGCAGCAGUGACUCACUGGAGAAACUCAACCACACCUCGCCAUCCAAAGCUGACCAACGGAAAGGGAGAUUCUUUCGCUUCCGUUUCCCGGCCUUACCUCUUCUGGGCAUCAGCAAGCAGUCCCUGCCCCAGGAAGACCCCGAUGCUGUCAUGGUGGACUCCCCUCGCCACAGCGACGGCUCUGUGGCUACGCGCGACUACCAACUUCCCGCCACCCGCGAGAGCUGCAGUCCCUCCUACGCUAACGACACCCGCGCCCUCAUCGGCCCCAGCCAUUGCUCCACCCCUGUGUCCGGGCCUUUGGACCACUCAUCGCCCAAGGGCCCCUGGGACCGGACGUACCUGGACCAGGCCAUUGCCCAGACCCAACACCAGAGCCAGGAGGACACACUUAUUGCAACUCCGUCAAUCCCGGGCCUCACUCCAACCGCCUCCAGAGAGAGUGUGUGCAGUAUUCGCAGAGCCUCCUCCGUACAUGACAUGGAAGGCUUUGGGUCAAACUCCAAGAUGGCGUUCAGGGACAGACAUGCCAGUGAAGGGCCGCUCAUCCAGAUCAAAUCCAGCCUGCUCGGCUCCACCUCCGACUCCAACCUCAACAGGUACAGCACCAUCAACAAGAUUCCCCUCAUCACGCUCAACUUCUCUGAGGUGAACAAUGAGAAGAAGUGCCCCUCCCCUCCAUCCUCUGAGAAAACUAUCAUCGCCCCAAAGGUCAAAGACCGCACACACAAUGUCACCGACAAAGUCACGCAGGUUCUUUCUCUGGGUGCAGAUGUGCUACCGGAGUACAAGCUCCAAACACCACGCAUGGACAAGUGGACCAUCCUUCACUACAGUCCGUUCAAAGCAGUGUGGGACUGGCUGAUCCUGCUGUUGGUCAUCUACACGGCCAUUUUCACUCCGUACUCUGCUGCCUUCCUCCUCAACGACAUCGAGGAGCAGAGGAGGAGGGAGUGUGGCUACUCCUGCUCACCCCUCAACGUAGUGGAUCUGAUAGUGGACAUUAUGUUCAUUGUGGACAUCCUUAUAAACUUCAGAACCACAUAUGUCAACAUCAACGAAGAAGUGGUCAGCCACCCGGCAAAGAUUGCCAUCCACUACUUUAAAGGCUGGUUCCUCAUUGACAUGGUGGCCGCCAUCCCGUUUGACCUGCUCAUCUUUGGCUCAGGAUCAGAUGAGACCACCACACUGAUUGGUCUACUUAAGACGGCCCGUCUCCUCCGGUUGGUACGAGUCGCCCGUAAGCUGGACCGGUACUCAGAGUACGGUGCUGCUGUCCUCAUGCUGCUCAUGUGCAUCUUUGCCCUCAUCGCCCAUUGGUUGGCCUGCAUCUGGUACGCAAUUGGGAACGUGGAGAAGCCUUACCUGGAGCAUAAGAUCGGCUGGCUGGACAACUUGGGGGUGUCAAUAGGAAAAAAAUACAACUACAGCGACCCCAGCUCGGGCCCCUCCAUCAAAGAUAAGUAUGUCACGGCGCUCUACUUCACCUUCAGCAGUCUGACCAGUGUUGGCUUUGGGAAUGUCUCCCCCAACACCAAUUCUGAGAAGAUCUUCUCCAUCUGCGUCAUGCUCAUUGGAUCUCUAAUGUACGCCAGCAUCUUUGGGAACGUGUCUGCCAUCAUCCAGAGGUUGUAUUCAGGUACAGCCAGGUAUCACCUCCAGAUGCUGCGGGUCAAAGAGUUCAUCCGCUUCCACCAGAUCCCAAACCCACUGAGGCAGAGGCUGGAGGAGUACUUCCAACACGCCUGGACGUACACCAACGGCAUCGACAUGAAUAUGGUCCUGAAGGGUUUCCCAGAGUGCCUGCAGGCAGAUAUCUGCCUCCACCUCAAUAAGGUCCUCCUGGAGGGCUGUAAGGCGUUCCGUGGAGCCACAAAGGGCUGCCUCCGGGCCCUGGCCAUGAGGUUCAAGACCACCCAUGCGCCGCCUGGAGACACCCUAGUCCACAGCGGAGACGUUCUCACUGCGCUCUACUUUGUCUCCCGCGGCUCCAUUGAAAUCCUGAAAGAUGACGUUGUAGUAGCCAUCCUGGGCAAGAACGACAUUUUCGGCGAGAUGAUACACCUGUACGCCAAGCCGGGGAAAUCUUGUGCAGACGUGCGGGCGCUGAGCUACUGUGACCUCCACACCAUUCAGAGGGAGGAGAUUCUGGAGGUGCUGGACAUGUAUCCAGAGUUUGCCGACCUCUUCCUCACAAACCUGGAGCUGACUUUUAACCUCCGUGAUGACAAGAUGACGUACGCAACUGAUUCUAAUAAGGAUGAGUGUCAAAGGCGUGUGUCCUACCGAAGGAAAUCCUCCACGGGUUCCCACAACAAGGAGCCAGUGGCCACCUACUGCAACACCAAGCAAGGGAGGCAGAUCUACACCGCCUCAGCAGCUGAGGAGAGGAGAGAGGUCGCCGAGGAAGGAGAGGAGGAGGAGGAGGAGGAGGAAGGCAGGGAGGAGGAGGAGGAGCAGAGGCCCUUGUGUUCUGGUGUGCUCGGCUACCCGGUGGUUAGGGACCACACCCUGGGCCUCGGGCUAAGCAGUACUCCAGACGCACAGGCUGGAGACGAUGUGCAGACCCAGACAUAUAAAGAGCUCCAUGCAGAGGAGUGGGUGCGUCAGCGUCCCAGCGAGGGUGCAGAAGAGUCAGCCCAGUGUCGAGAGACGCCAGCGGGAGAGGACAGCGACACAGACCUCACCUACGGAGAGGUGGAGCAACGGCUGGACCUGCUGCAGCAGCACCUCAACAGACUGGAGUCCCAGAUGACGGCAGACAUCCAGGCCAUCCUGCAGCUCCUCCAGAGACAAACCACGGCUGGUCCCCCCGCCUACAGCACUGUCACCUCCAGCCCCGAGUACCAGAGGCCAGCCAUCAGGGUGCAGCCGGUGUCUGCCAUCCAGACUGAACUCAGCCUCGCUCCUGCUCCACCUCGGCCACAGAGCCCUGGCCCAGAAAAGGCCCAGAACAAAUCCAAAGAAUCCUCCCCAGUCCUCCUCCACACAGAGACUCUUCCAGAUGGGAACUUUGCUGAACUGCUGGAGAGCGACACAGAAACAGCGCAGACGCACACACAAAACAACAUGGACUCUCUAGAGCAACAAGAGCCACCGAGGUUCCCAUCAGGCCGACAAGCCUCCCUACCUGAUGUCCCCAGCAGCUCAGGAAUGUUGGGACUCCACAGGCCAGUUUCUGACCCGGGGCUUCCAGAAAAAAAACCUCCCAUCCCCCGUCCCACCAACUCUGAUUUAGAUGUAUAAAGUCUAUUUAUACAGAGGUAUUUAUACACUAUAUUAAUAACAUAAUGUAAAGUCAUCAACUACCGUGUACAUACUUCAAAUAGAACACUGCCAGCAACACGAGGCACCUAAUGUGCUUUUUCUAAGAGAUAUGCAUGUUUUUGUUUCUCAUGUCGUCUUUUCUUUUCUGUUGCAUGUUAGACACACACACAGACACACACCGACUCACCGGGCAAUCAGGUGUGACCUUGGCAUGCUUACAGACUACUGUAGCUAUCAAGUCUCAUUUUCUAUGACUCUUCCCUCUUCACAGGGGACAAAGCUACUUGAAACUCUUUCCUAGGCAUUUCUAUAUUCCACUCCGCAGCUUUGAAGUUCAUCUUUUUAUCAGCAGCUCCGAACGGUCGACGCAGUGACAAACUCACAUUGAGAUCCGUCUGUAUAUUUAGCGUGCCUACUGUACACAACAUUGCCACAACAAAUGAAAAUCCCUUCUUAUUCAGCUCAGAACACAGUGUAAUAAUGUGUGUAAAGCCUGCGUGGACAUCCCAUAGCACAACAAGACUUUUGUCUUUGAGAGCAAUAAUGGUGAAGAGACUCCUAGUAUAGUUUAAUACACUCUGGAGAUCAUUUUAUACAACCUGAACAAAGACAGCAUAUUUCAACAAUAUUUAUGUUCUGAAUUAAUUUGCUAUGUUAAGAUCUGUAUCCUGACACGCCUUACACCUUCACAUGCAGAACGUUUCAGUGGUUAACUGUAGAUGUUCAAGACAACAAAAUGAAUGCCUAAAGUUGUGGAUUUAGUAGAUGUGAAAACAUAAUUACCAUAUAUCAUAUCGAUAUUGUAUUAAGCAUGGUGUGGGGUAUUUGCAGUCGCAGGCAAAACUUGUACAGGAUGUUAUGUCCAGGCAGUUUUAGAUUGGGAAAUGUACUUUGUUUAGUUGGGUUAGAGUUUAACCUACAUGUAAUUUGUUCUCUUGCAUUUUUCAGGACAGUCAACAAAUUAUAAUUUCAGUGUGGUUGAUGAGCUGCUUUUUAGCUUGAUAUAGCCAUCCCAAAACUACCUUUCACCUUUUUGCUAUGACAUUUUAGAACUUAACGUAAGUUGCUGUGUUUUAUAUAUUUGACCCACCAGACAACCUACAAAACGUUACAAGUACAUUUCUCAAUCAUUCUGUCACAGAAAAAGAAGAAAUGAUUUAAACUGCCUCGACGUAGUGUCCCAUACAAGUGUAUGUAAACUUAAGACUGCAGGCUAGGAAGAAACAUCCUGAAUCUUCUUAACAGCUGGAGCGAACUCCGGCUAUCCCAGACGGUAGUUUUUGGUUGCAUGCUUUUAGGUCUUCCAUGAUCAACUUAAAAAGUACAAUUUCGUAAAUAGAAAAUAUCUUCACAAAUGAAGCAUCAUCUGAUUAAGAAAAAAGUUUUUCUUUAAGAUGUUUUUUUCACAUUUUGGGCCAGAAACACAGCUCAAGCCUUCAAUAGCCUUAGCUUUAUAUGCCUGCUCUAGCCUUUACAAACGACAUCAAUCCAAUUCUCCACCAUCACAGAUGUAAAUGUACCGAACCAUUUUAGAGCGAACUGCAUGACAAAUGAAUUAGUCAUUUUAGUUUUCAAAGUACACAAAUUCCAACAUGAGCUCAUGUAUUGCAUGGAGACUGCACUUGACUAAAUUAUAAAAGGUCUCAAUCAAAUGUGUGUGACAUGUAUUCAUACUAAGGUACGGCACAUAGCUCAUCCAGAGAGACUUAGAAAUAGCGGUUAGACCUAUUUUUCUAAAACAAAGUGUUUAAUUUGCCAUUAUUUUUAUAUGUACCUUAUUGGUUUUUAAAAAGCCCUGAUGUUAGAAUAGUGUGGACCGCUGAUGGGAUGAAGAAUGCAAUGCAUAGCCUCUCAAUGUAGCAAGCAAGACUCCAGUGACAGGCAUCACUUUAAGCUGUGUGCUGCAUUUACUCAAUGCUGUUAGUUUGUCUUGAUUUAAUAUUGCACAUUGAUUUUAAUGUCAUUCCGCUGAGUUUCUACUUUGACGUUUCCCUCUGAACUUCUUCAGCACAUUGAAGCAGCCAACACUUUACUGUCAUCUUAAGCCCGGGCUUCAUUGUGUCCCUUGACUCAUCCAGUGGAAACCUCCUCACUCCAAACCCCUGGUGAUAACAUAACAUGUAGAACUGAUGAAAGGGUUUGCAAGAUGAGAGAAAUGAUGAAAUCAUAUCAGAUGUCAUGAUGAAAAAGCUCAUUUGUUUCCUACACUUCCAGAAGAGCUGAGACAGAGAUAAUUGGGGGAAAUAGAAGUUGAAUGUGGGAUUGAGAUGGAGGCGGGGUGUUUUCUUUGAUAAGCUUUCUUUCUCGAGCACAGAUGUAGAACAAAAGUUGCUGAAGCCGAACUCGACAUGUCUAACGCCUGGAGAGUCGUCCACUGGACUUUCAUGGGAUUUGCAAACUUUUGCACAGAGAUUAGAAAACUUGCUGUACUGGAUAUAAAUGUCACUUUUUAAAUCUAGUGCUGUUCACAAUUGUUUUUAUGCAUUUUUUUAAAUGUUUGCCACUGUAUUUUAUACAAUGCAACACUUAACAGCUAAUUUGAAUGUUUCCGUUCUUAACUAUAUUUAAAGAAAUAUAUUGUGUAAAUAGACUGAGGAAGAAAUGCGCAACUGUAUAAAUGAUUAAACAGAAUGCACAC